CGGAAUGUUCAACUCCUGACUCCGGCGGAAGCGUGGGAGCCGCGCGGGCCGCCGUCCCCGACCCCGUCCCCGACUCCUGCCGCCCUGGUCGCUCGGGGCUUCCGCGCCCCGCCUGCAGCUCGCGCCUUGUCCGGGAGCCAGAUCGUGUGGAAGGGCAAUCCUUGUCAUUAUGAGAUGUCGUCUCUCGGUGCCUCCUUUGUGCAAAUUAAAUUUGAUGACUUGCAGUUUUUUGAAAACUGCGGUGGAGGGAGUUUUGGGAGUGUUUAUCGAGCCAAAUGGAUAUCGCAGGACAAGGAGGUGGCUGUAAAGAAGCUACUCAAAAUAGAGAAAGAGGCGGAAAUACUGAGUGUCCUCAGUCACAGAAACAUCAUCCAGUUUUAUGGAGUAAUUCUUGAACCUCCCAACUAUGGCAUCGUCACAGAAUAUGCUUCUCUGGGGUCGCUGUAUGAUUACAUCAACAGUAACAGAAGUGAGGAGAUGGACAUGGAUCACAUCAUGACGUGGGCCACCGACGUAGCCAAAGGAAUGCACUACUUACACAUGGAGGCUCCUGUCAAGGUGAUUCACAGGGAUCUCAAGUCAAGAAAUGUUGUUAUAGCUGCUGAUGGAGUAUUGAAGAUCUGUGACUUUGGUGCCUCACGGUUUCAUAACCAUACAACACACAUGUCCUUGGUUGGAACUUUCCCUUGGAUGGCUCCAGAGGUUAUCCAGAGUCUCCCUGUGUCUGAAACCUGUGACACAUAUUCCUAUGGUGUGGUUCUCUGGGAGAUGCUAACAAGAGAGGUCCCCUUUAAAGGUUUGGAAGGAUUACAAGUAGCUUGGCUUGUAGUGGAAAAAAACGAGAGGCUGACCAUUCCAAGCAGCUGCCCCAGAAGUUUUGCUGAACUGUUACACCAGUGUUGGGAAGCUGAUGCCAAGAAAAGACCAUCAUUCAAGCAAAUCAUUUUGAUUUUGGAGUCCAUGUCAAAUGACACGAACCUUCCCGACCAGUGUAACUCAUUCCUGCACAACAAGGCAGAAUGGAGGUGUGAAAUUGAGGCAACCCUUGAGAGGCUAAAGAAACUGGAGCGUGAUCUCAGCUUUAAAGAGCAGGAGCUCAAAGAGCGAGAAAGGCGGUUAAAGAUGUGGGAGCAGAAACUGACAGAGCAGUCCAACACCCCGCUGCUGCCUUCCUUUGAGAUUGGUGCAUGGACUGAAGACGACGUGUAUUUUUGGGUUCAGCAACUCGUCAGACAAGGUGACUCUUCGGUGGAGAUGAGUGCCUAUGCCAGCUUGUUCAAAGAAAACAACAUCACAGGCAAGCGGCUGCUGCUUCUGGAUGAAGAGGACUUGAAAGACAUGGGCAUUGUCUCCAAAGGACAUAUUAUCCAUUUUAAGUCAGCCAUUGAGAAACUGACCCACGAUUACCUGAACUUGUUUCACUUCCCGCCUCUAAUUAAGGACUCUGGGGGUGAACCUGAAGAAAAUGAGGAAAAAAUAGUGAACCUUGAACUUGUUUUUGGUUUUCACUUGAAACCAGGAACUGGCCCACAGGACUGUAAGUGGAAAAUGUAUAUGGAGAUGGAUGGGGAUGAAAUUGCAAUAACCUACAUAAAAGAUGUGACAUUCAACACUAACCUACCUGAUGCAGAGAUUUUAAAGAUGACAAAGCCACCAUUUGUGAUGGAGAAGUGGAUUGUAGGAAUAAUGGAAGAUCAGACUGUAGAGUGUAUGGUGACUUAUGAGAGUGAUGUCAGAACUCCCAAAAGCACUAAACAUGUCCAUUCAAUUCAGUGGAGUAGAACCAAACCCCAGGAUGAAGUGAAAGCAGUCCAGCUUGCCAUUCAGACAUUAUUCCCCAAUUCUGAGGGUAACCCUGGCAGCAGGUCUGACUCGUGUGCUGACUGCCAGUGGUUAGACACACUGCGAUUGCGGCAGAUUGCCUCCAACACAUCCUUGCAGCGUUCCCAGAGCAAUCCCAUCCUGGGGUCACCUUUCUUCCCAUAUUUUACUGACCAGGGCUCCUAUGCUGCUGCAGUGAGGCGGACCCAGGUGCCCAUUAAGUAUCAACAGAUCACACCUAUCAACCAAUCCAGAAGCUCCUCUCCCACUCAGUACGGGCUGACCAAAAACUUCUCCUCACUGCAGCUCAACUCCAGGGACAGUGGCUUUUCCAGUCUCAACACUGACAGCUUCUCAGAGAGAGGUCGCUACUCAGACCGAAGCAGGAACAAGUAUGGUCGGGGUAGUGUAUCACUUAAUUCCUCCCCGAGAGGGAGAUAUGAUGGGAAAAGUCAGCAUUCCACUCCAUCAAGAGAAAGAUAUUCUGGAAAGUACUACAGGAUGUCUCAACCAGCAAUCAGUACUCACCAGUCACCUAACUUAAAGAGAAGCCCUAAUGACCACCACUUACCUAAGACCAUCCCAGGGAUGCCUUUGCACCCAGAGCCUGUCUCUCGACCCAGUGAGGAGGAGAGCAAAGUGAGUGAGGGAGGAUGGACUAAAGUAGAAUACAGGAAGAAGCCCCACAGGCCCUCUCCUGCCAAAACCAGCAAAGAAAGAGCCAGAGGAAACUUCCAAGGGCGAAGGAACUUUUGAUGUCUUGAACUAGAUGUGUUUUUCUUUUGUUCAUGCAGUGGAUUUUGACAACAGGAUAUCUUCAGAUUCAAUUAACAAAAAAGACAAUUCUUCCAAUGUGGAGACUGGGAAAUCCUUUCGAAUUGAGACUGCAGCCGAACCCGGACCACAAUUAUGGUUGUUGGUUGCCUUAGUGGUAAUAACUAGACUUGCGAACAGUGUUCCAUACUGCCAUCCAUGAAUUUAUGCUGUGGAAGGUAGGGCUCUGCCCAUCUUGUUACCCUGAGCACUGGUGUUCUGCUUAGCAGGGCUGGGACUGGGGUAAGGCAAGUGAGGUCUAUGAGAAACCAAAGAUAAAGACAAGAUCAGUAUUAAUGAUUUCUUUUUCCUUUUGGCUAAGACUCUUGUGUGGCCUAGCAAGGUGCUGUUAUUGAUCUUGUCUUAAAAUCUUGGUAUUUCAGUCAUCCUCAUGAAGUUUUUGCAUUGGUUUUAUUUUUUUAAGAUUGCAUUAAAAUAUCAUUUAUGUUGAUUGUUGGGUUUUUUUUAAUGCCUUCAUAAAUUUUGUGCCCAAGCAAAUGCCUUCUCAUCUUGUCCUCAUCUCUGCCCUGCUAGGUAGUAUUUAUUUGGUAAGGUAUUUGUGUUUUUAUCAUGGAACUGA